AACGGCAGCGGCAGUCCGAGCAGCGGCUCAGACGUCGAAAUUGUCGGAAUUGGCGUAGGGGCCCCCGCAUGCCACAGUUCGCGGCUGCGACAGACGCGGCAGGAGCAGGAGGCGGUAGGCGAUGUGAGCUGCUGCAGCGUCAGCAGUUCUGACAGCAGCGGCAGCAACGUAGCUUCAAGCGACAGAGACUGCGGAAACAGCAGCAGCUCUGAAGAGGCGACCCUCAGCGACAGCGACACGGAUGAGUGUGAGAUCGUACUCCCUGAUGGCUCCCCGCAGCCACAAACAGCAGCAACAGCCUCAGCGAGUCGUCUGCAACGGCUGCUGCUGAGCCCCUCUCUGGCUACCCCAAUUUUGAUGCUGCUGCCUUCGUCGGCGGAUAUCCGCAGCCUCCUCGUUGCUGUGGGGCCCCCCCGCUCGCCUCACGCCGCUCCUGAGCAACCUGCUGGCUGGAGAGACACCACACCAACCCCACCCCCAGCACGCCUUGCAGCGCAGGUUCCAGCGGCAGCCGCUGUCGAGGCGACUCUCGCUGCCGUGGCGUAUAGGGAGCUUUGUUUGAGACGUCUCCCUGCCGCUAAGGCCUUUCGCCGCUUUGCAGCUGCACAGAAGCGGCAACAACAGCAGCAGCAGGCAGCAGCAGCAGCAGCAGCAGCAGGGCAGCAGCCUGACAGUUCGACUCCCAGAGAAGCAAGUGGAGGGGCAGCAGCAGCAGCAGCAGCAGCAGCAGCAGCAGCAGCAGCAGCAGCAGCAGCAGCGUGGCGGCAAGUCUUUUGGGGAUGCAUCCAUAGUCGGUACUGUGAUCGCUGCGGCAAGGAUCUGAGGAGCACCUGUGCAGCAGAUGCAGCCGCAGAUGCAGCCGCAGAUGCAGCCUCGGCAGCGGUGGACGCUACGCAUGCGUCAGCAAGCGAGGGGGUUGCCGCAGCAUCAGAUGGAGAAGCGGGAGAAAGAACAGCCGCUGGAAAAGGACUGCCACAGCAAGCACUGGAGACAGCAGCAUGUGCGGCAGUGCCUCGUGCAGCUGUGCUGCUGUGUAAGGACUGCCGAGAGUCUCUCCUGCAUCGGCGUGAGGCACUCAUCAUUGUACGCCGACUCCGUGCCGACGAACUGCUGCUGCAGAGACACCUGAAACGGGGCCGUAGCAGCAGCAGUAGCAGCAGCAGCAGCAGCAGCGGAGACGGCAAUCCCCCUCUCCUUCCGAGCGCAGCAGUGACAGCAGCUGCGUGGUGUCUCGGCGGCUUAUUUGCUGAUAGAAAGCUCCUCUUGAGCUUGCAAGACAGGCAUCAUGCUGCAGCACGUCGCAUCAAGACACAGUUGCUGCAGAGACUCCAGAGAACUUGGAGCGAAAACUGCGGUCCGGUCUUCAUGAGGCAACACAUUGCAGCAGCAGCAGAGACAGCAGCAGCAGAGACAGCAGCAUCAGCUGUCUGUACAGCAGCCUCUGCCUCUGGAGUCACAUAUAGGGCGGCGGAUGCUGCAGCGCAGGAUCUGCUAGCCGUGGCGGCUCUCAAGGCUGCAGAAAUAAUGAAGGACGGUGGCGACGAUGCAACGCGAAACGAAGUGCAACUCGCAGGUGCGCCGCUUUCCACCACUGCCGACACUGCGCGGUUUCCCAGCCGGCACCCUGCAGAAACAAGCGGGCAGAAAGCGCCUCUGGAGAGAGAAGCCUUGCCUGAAGGCGUUGCUUCCCUCUUUCUUGCCGCCGUGCAGCAGCACACUGCGGUGGGCGCAGCUGCUGUUGCCUUCUCCCUCCGCGAAAAUCGCAUCUUCGUGCAAGCUCUCGGACCUAGUAGGCUGCAGCUCAUUUCUCUGCAGCCCGCUGCCUCAGCAGCAGCCGCUGCUGCUUUCUUCUCGCCUGCUUCGGAAGCUCCCGAAGGCAGCAGCGCGGCGAGGUACGCGCCCGCUCCACGCGACACUGCCGCUGCUCACUCGCCUCCUGUGGGCGCUGCGCCUCUUGUCUGCGAUUUCACGGAGAUUCGGCCCUAUCCCUGCAGCAGUCUUAUGUCUCUCCUCUCCAGCUGCUUUGCUGCCGUACUGACUCCGCUGCUCCUGCUGCUGCAUCGCGAUAUCGCCGAAGCAGCAGACGAGCAGCAGCAGCAGCAACGGCAGAGGCUGCGACUGUGCGCUGCACAUUCGGGAGGUCUGCGGCUGGAGGAUUUCUUCUGCGCGUGUGCAACGGCUCAGAGAAUCGUCAAGAGGUUCUUCAAGAUUGUGACGCAUGCGGAUCUCGUUGCUUUGGACAUAAUGUUCAGUGAGUGGUGCGCAGCGGAGACUUUGAUGCUGCGUCGGUGGCUUCGGCAGGUGCAGACGGCUGGCAGUUUGACGUCGCGGGGAGCCUUGGCUAUCAUGCCUGCUUGGGAAGCCUUUCGGCGAGGAGAUCGAGGCUGGGAGGGGGGAGAUGCUCGCAAGAAGUUUGCCGCUGCUGCGAGUUUGCAGCAAAGGGCCAGUGGUCGACGUCUACGUCGCAAGCGAGCGCAUGCAGACGCGGCAGAGGGCUCUACCGAAACGCUGUCUGAAGGGGAUGCCAGUCAACUUAGGGAAGCAGCAGCAGCAGGACCGUCUCCGACAGCGGCGCUGUAUGCAGCGUUUUUAUUGGAGUUGCUCUUUGGCUUCCUCUUUGAUCAGAGAACGCAGCAGCCCCUUCGGCCUUUUUCCUCGUUUGGAGCACGCGCAUUUGUGAGUCGCUUGUAUGAAUUCGCCUCUCAGCCGCUAUCCGCGUCUCGCCACGCUUCGCAGAGCCUUCUUUCGCAGCUGCUGCAGGGGAAGGCAGGCAAGACGUCGACUGCACGGGGGGUGGUUGCUGUGCGGCAUUCCCCCCUGUGUUGGCUGUGA